AUGGACGAUGAUGCUUUUAAUUCUUUAGCGUAUGAUGACGAGUUUGAGCUUGAAAUGUAAGUUUUUUUGUUGUUGUUUUUAAAUUUAGGUAUUUUUUAUGUCUAUUGGCAAUGUAUUGGUAGAAAGUUUAUGAACAAAUAUAAGUUUACACUUUCAUUAAUUAAAGCGCUGAAUCCGAGUAUGACGAAGAAGCUGAACGGUAUUUACAAGAGCAAAGACAUUCCGAAGCGCAGAAGGAAACUCGGGUGAUAGAAGACGACUUGGACGACGAGCUGGUGAUAACUGGGAAUCCAUUUGAAGAAUUACAAACAGAUACAGUUACUGAAGUGGUUGAAAAAAGGAAGUACGACGACGAAAACCUGCCGUUUGGCGAACAUCCACUCGGUAUGUUACCUAAAAUCUAAUUUUGAGGUUCUAUAUUGUAAGGAGUGGCAUUAAAUGAUGUUGUGGAUUUUACAAGUUUAUGUGAAUCUAUAAUCAUUGUAUAUUUGUAAAAUUUUGAUUAACAUCUUUACUGUUCAGUAUUACUUUUCAGAUUGGUUUAUGCGUUCUGAGUUAGAUACAGUAGAAUUGAAGAAGAAAAAGAAGGAAAAGACUGAAAUCAAGGUGGCUAAAUUAGCUGAUCGGAUUCAAAAUGCAAGAAAAGUGAAAACGGCUAAGAAUUUUGGAUCAAAUACAACAGAAAACGGAGCAGAAGCGUGCUCGUACGUUACUGAUGUACCAAGUGGAGAAGAAAAGAAUUAUAUCAAGAUCUCAGACCCUGACGGUAUUGAAGAAGGUUACCUGAAGUUUGAAAAGAUGAGUAUUGCUGAUUGGGUUAACGAAAAAGUUAGAGCAACGAUUGCAAAGAGUAUCAAUGGUCUGAACAGGGCGGAGGAAAGCACCACUUGUAUGUUUAAGCUUUAUAUGUUAUUGUUUAGUUUAUCCGCACAUGUUUUUGAAUUCAACCUUUAACCUAUUUGUUUUUCAGUUGUACCAGAACCUAGACCACAACCUUCUCAACCUUCUUUAGUCCAGCAAAUACAAAGGAACAUAUCACAGAUCAAUAGCACCCUGAAUGCUACAUUAAACAAUUCUAACGUUUCGAACAUGAAUACUUCAAUGAACAGAACUCGUUUCAUCGAAGGAGUUGAUUUGAGCAAGUUUGGCAUCGACGAGACACAGUUAUUGAACACAGCCGAUGAUGAUGACGAUUUUAGUCAGCCUGAACUUCAGAGUAGUAGUAAUACCGUAGUAGAGCCUCCACAAAUUGUAUUACCAAGCAAAAGUAUGGACGGUACGCUAUGGACGAAGAAGUAUGAGCCAAGGGCGUUUUUGGAGUUGAUAACAGAAGAUGUUACUAACAAGAUGGUCCUAACGUGGCUGAAGUUGUGGGACAGGCAUGUCUACAAUAAGCGGCCGAAGAUUGAAGGACUUUUGAACGAAUUUCAAAUGAGACAGCUGGAGAUUGAGGAAGAGAAGCCUAACUUACCGAAACAAAAGGUAUCGUAAUCAUUUGUUAAGUAGUUUGGAGUAUUUCACAUUUUACUAUUUUAUUUAAGCAUUUGUUUUUCAGGUUUUACUUCUUCAUGGGCCUAGUGGAAGUGGAAAGUCUGUUCUUGCAAAAGUUUGUGCUUCUACUUGUGGCUACGAACCGUUUGUCGUGAAUUUAAGGUAUUUUUUGGCAGGUUUUAUUACUUCAUUUUAGGUAUAAAUUAACGCAUAUUUUAAAUAGAAUCUGUAAUAUUAUGUAUUCGUUUCAGUGAGAUGAAUUCUCUGGCUUAUCUAAAGUCUUUAAUCUGUGAACGUGGCUCAAACGUCUCUAUGGACCAAUUUACAAAAACGAAAACUACUAGUACUACAGUAGGAAAACCUAUUUGUUUUAUCAUUGAGGGAGUGGACGGAGCUUCGAACGAAUUCACAAGGUUCCUGGCCGCUUAUGCUACAGAAAAGAAGAAGAAAAUGGUACGAAGACCGAUUAUAUUGACAUGCAACAAUGCUUUCGUUAACUCUUUGAAGCCUUUAAGAACAGCGUCACUGGUUAUCAAAUGUACUGGACUGAACAGAGAUAGAGCUGUCAAGAGGCUUACAAAAGUAUGAUUAUUAUUUCCACUUGACUGAUGUUUUUUUGUAGUUAGGAAGGUUUACAGUAAUGUUUUUACAGAUUUGUGAAGAUGAAGGAAUAACGCUGAAGAGGUUUGCGAUUGUACAACUCUUUGAACAAUGUCGGAAAGAUAUUAGGUUAUGUUUGAACAAUUUACAGUAUUUGUCGAGUACGUCUAACGACGAGAAGAAUAUAUCAGUAAGUAAUUGUUUGUAGCAAAGUUACGCAGUACAGUUUUGGUUAAUAAGCAAUGAAUGUUUUUUAUUUUGUUUUAGGAUGAAUCCUGCUCAAGGGUUGAAGAAUAUUCUGUUUUUGAUGCGAUUGAUGCUGUUCUGACUACAAACUUUCAUCUGGAUGCGUAAGUCAUGAAUUGGGAAAUAUAGUUUUCAGUAUAUUUUUUGCUGUUUCAUGAUUUUUUACUUUUUUAUAAAAUAAUUUUUUAGACGUGGUCACAUUAAGUCUCCAAAACAACGUGUCGAGGCGAUACAACAAGUUUUGGGUCGUCGUGAUGAUGUAGACCGAGUAUUUAACGCUAUAUUCUUUAACGCUCCGCUUGUGUUUAAAUUAAAACUGUUUCAAGUAAGUAUUGACGUAUUAUCGACAGUGAGUUUAGAAUACUUCGAUAGGGGUUAUUAUGGUUUUUUGGGGAUAUUAUGAUAAGAAUACGUUGUUAUACAAAUGACGAUAUUUUUAGAGGCUAAAAAUUGGUAGGAGUUUAAUAUCAGUCGAUUCCAUUGGUCGAUACGCUCUUCGGACUCAAAACUUUACACUUCUGAGAUAUUUGAUUACGGCCGCCGUUCAAAUCCACUUUACUGCAGCUGUACCAUGUCCCAAUAGGAAUACCUACAACUUGAACUUCAUGGUAAGCGAAAGUUUGAGUUAAUUAGGCUAAAUUUUUGUUAUUAUCUUUUACACUCAAACAAACUAUUCUAAUUAUUUUUUGGUGGAAUUAUAAUAAUUUGUCUUUACAGUUGAUUGGAUGCUUUACUCUUUGUUAUAGGGAUUUGCGGAAAAACAAAAAGAAAACCGUGAAAUCUUGACCUCAAUCGAAGAACAUCAAAAAGGAAUGUACAGACAGAAUAGGACCGUCUUGUUACUGACGACUCUCCCGUACUUAUAUUCUAUCAUCAACAUACCACUUCAAAGUCAGAACCCGCACAUGUUGAGUCAGCAAGAUAAGGAGAAUAUAGCGAGAGUAGCAGCCAUUAUGGUUGAUUUUGGUUUGGGAUUCACACAGAAAGUGGAACAAGCGAUUCAAGUAUUAUGUUUGGACCCGUAAGUUUUAAUUUUAAAAAGGUACUUAUUACAAUAUUUGCAUUUUUGCGAUAUAAAGUUAAAAAAAUAGUGCAGAAAUUCGUACUCUAUUUUCAAGUACGCAGUGUGGUCUAUAUCUAAUUAACUUUAACAUGACUUGCUAUCGAUUUUUAAUUUCAGACCUAUUGAACAACUUGUAAACCUUGAUUACUCGAAUAAACAAACUCCAAUGAAGGAUAUUUUGAUGAGGAUACUGAACAGUGAGGUACGACAACGGCAGAUUCAGCAAGUCACGAAGAGCAACAAGUCUAGUGUUCAAGAUAAACUCAACGGAAACAAGGAACAUCGACGCUCGACCGGGAAUCAAGGAUCAAACGUCAGUCCAAUAACAGACUCUGCCUUCACCUACUCUCACGGAUCGUCACAGGCUAUUAGAAGAAUCAUCAAGAACAUGAACUUUCUCAACCCAGAGUUACUAUAA